ACCGCAAAGUCAAGUCGUUCUUGUCGCAUCGCACACACAAAACUGUUUUGCUCGACAUUUAUUUGCACCAACUAACUUGAAGCUACCGUAACAACCUGUUUGCUCUAUUCCUCAGUCGAAGUUGCCCACUUGACCAUGAUUUCAGUCUCCGACGCUUUCAAGAUGACAUACAAGGAUGCAGUCUCGUGCACAAAGCUCGUGGAGCCUCGCAAGGUUGCGCCAAGCUUCGCCGCCACUCGUCGUCCCGACCUCAGCAACGUUUCGGUCGACGACGUGCGCAAGUUGACGUACAAAGAGCUUCAAGGUCUUUGUCAGUGGAAAAGACUCCCGUCAAAGGGAUUAAAGAAAUCGCAUCUGCGACAACGUCUCGUGGCCGAAAUCAAGAAACAAGAGAAACAAGAAGAGAUGCAACGUCGAGAAGAACUGGACACGCAGUUUCCGUUGGACAAGAUCGUUUGUUUCCUCUCGAAGAAACUUCCUCCCAACCCAGUCCGUGCCGAAGAUGGGUACUUGUACGAUGAACCUGUCAUUCAAGCGUACAUCGAGACGGCGAAAAAGGAGGAUCGAGCCAUUACGUCCCCGGCAACCAAGCAACUCAUGGGCGACCGUUUGUUUCCAGCUCCCAGUGUCAAGGAAUACAUCAACGCUCUCGUUGAUUGUGAAGUCAUUGUCGACGAAAACUUGGUAUCGCUUUGGAAGAAACAGGGGCGUCAGGAAGCGGCUAUGGAUGCCUUGAAGGCUUCGGCCGCCAGUGGGGACACGUCGGCAAUGCUCAAGCUCGGCUUUGCGUUUGGAGCUGGAACGAGUUGCGUGCCAAAAGACUCUACAGUGGCUUGCACGUGGUUUCAAAAGGGACAUGCGGCGGGGUGUGUACGGGCCACAGCGUGGCUUGGAUAUUGUUACAUCACGGGCUACGGAGUGGAGCAUACUUGUUCCGUGAAAGGCAUGGCGUUUAUUGCCAUUGCGGCUGCGAAAGGAUCCGAUUUUGCGGCGUACGUUCUUGGUCGAGCGCUUUACUGUGGAAAAUAUGGCAUGCCCGUCGACAUGGACGAAGGGGUCCGUUGGUUGCAAAAGUCGUUGAGCCAACAUGACUGCCCCUUGCAGAAUUUAACCAACCGGGAACGAGAUGAGGCUCAGAAUAUUCUUGUCAAUCAUGUUGUCGUUGCUGAUGAAUCAACUCCUCCAAACUAAGAGGACUGUGGGACAGAUUGGUCGGACACUACGGCGCAAAGUACGAAAAGCAAGCGACAGACAUAAAAAAAGAGACCGUUCAUCCUCGAAAAGGCCAGGAAAGCUCCAGGCGAGGGGAAGUAAACUGCAAGUGGAGAUCAUAAACUGGCAAAACACUUCAAGAACUCAUAUUGUAACGAUAAGCCAUGAAGUACGGUAGAAAGACGUUCAUC